GCACAUCUGCGACCGUGCGGUCGGACAUCCCUGUGGAAACCAAACCCGUCAGCAUCAUAACCUGAUCCACGGGUGGCCAGACUGUGUCGCACUGAGCUGUCGCGCAUAUUUUCGACACAUUUCAAGAGGAACGCCGUGUUCUUCAGUUGCCGGAAAUACUGCGAAGCAAGAAAACCUUCAAGGAUGGCCGCUUACAAGCUGGUGUUAAUUCGUCAUGGUGAGAGCUGCUGGAACCAGGAAAACCGCUUCUGCGGCUGGUUUGAUGCCGACUUAAGUGACACGGGAGUCCAGGAGGCCCAGCGAGGUGGUCUCGCCUUGAAAGAGUCCGGCUAUGAAUUUGACAUAUGCUACACUUCAGUUCUGAAGCGGGCAAUUAGAACCCUGUGGUUGGUUCUGGAACAGAUUGACCAGAUGUGGCUACCAGUGCACCGGACCUGGCGCCUGAAUGAACGACACUAUGGUGGUCUAACUGGGUUAAACAAAGCUGAGACAGCUGCUAAGCAUGGUGAGGCCCAAGUGAAGAUCUGGAGACGUUCAUUUGACAUUCCCCCUCCACCCAUGGAUGCGGAUCAUGACUUCUACACCAACAUCAGCAAGGACCGUCGUUACGCUGACCUAACAGAUGACCAGCUACCUUCCUGUGAGAGCCUGAAGGACACAAUUGCGAGGGCCCUGCCAUUCUGGAAUGAAGAAAUUGUCCCACAAAUCAAAGAGGGCAAAAGGGUGCUGAUUGCUGCUCAUGGCAACAGUCUGAGGGGCAUUGUCAAACACUUGGAGGGGAUGUCAGAUGAAGACAUCAUGGAGCUGAACUUACCCACUGGGAUCCCCAUCCUGUAUGAGCUGGACAAGAACCUGAAGCCUGUCAAGCCCAUGCAGUUCCUGGGAGACGAAGAGACAGUGCAAAAAGCCAUGGCGGCUGUGGCAGCACAAGGCAAGGCCAAGAAAUAGAGGGGAAAGAAAAAAGAUGGCAAAAUGUUAGUGUUAUGGUGAAACAACAAUCCCUCUGGAAACAUUCAUGCAAGAUAAUCCAAACAUAGUCUACACACUGCUAAUUCACCUCCUAACUCGUAGCCUGUCACUUAUUGACCACACAAGCCAUAGUCUAGGCUACAUUUUAAAUAAGAGGUGCAUGGUAUUAUGUCUAGUGAUUUCAAACAAUAAGCCUAUAUUGUAAAUGUAAGCCAGACAACUAUCACAAAUGACAGUACUUCAAAUGUAUGUUUGUAAAGAUUCAGAAUUAAAUUAAAUUGAUGCUUCCAAAUA